AUGGCGUUAAGUCGGAAUCUAGGGUUCGAUGUUAACCCAGCUGGCACGAACUUGUUCAUCGUCCAGGUAUUAUUUCUAAUCUUGACCUGGAUCGCAUCGGCCCUGCGGGCCUACGUCAAGGUCCUCAUUGUAGGAAAGAUAUCUAUUGACGACUACUUGAUGCUGGCAGCAUUGUUUGGCUACACAACGAUUGCGUCGUUCACUAUCCUCGCUGUCGUCGAGGGCGAGGCUGGCAAGCCCCAGAAUGAGAUCACACCCCAAGGCAACGAGAUCUCUUUACGGAAUUGGUAUUUGAGCGAAGUAAUAUCCUGCCCGACGUCGGCGUUCAUCCGCAUCGCUAUUGCUAUCUUGAUCCUGAGGAUCUCGGUGCAGAAGUGGCAUAGAUGGAUUUUAUUCAGUGUGAUCGGCCUCACUUCAAUGAUGUCCUUCGGUCAUUUCUUCAUUGUGCUACUACAAUGCUCCCCGAUCGAUUACUUCUGGACCCACGUGGAAGGCUCAGAAGGGUUCUGCUUCUCUCCAGCAAUCCUGCCUAUAUCAACCACCGUCUUUGCCGCCCUGAGUGCCAUAAUGGAUUGGGCCGUCGCUCUGCUUCCGAUUGUCAUCCUCUGGAAGGUGAAGAUAGAGAUUCGAGCGAAGAUAGCUAUCGCCGGUAUUCUGAGCAUGGGGGUCUUUGCUGGGAUCGCCCUCUUCGUUCGAAUCUUUUACUUCAACCCCUUGCGGUCGCCCGAAACAUUUGUCAACGAGACAAUUAUCAUUGCCCUUUGCGCUAUUAUUGAACUCUCUCUCGGAAUCAUAGGAGGAUGCAUCGCUACCCUGCCUCCGCUCUUAAAGAAGAUGGGCAUCGGCUUCGACAGCGGGGCCAAACGCUUAUCGAACGACUCCGCAGACUCGAUGCCGUGGCAAUCGUCCCCCAUCGACUGCAAGCCACGCAACGGGCUCCCGACGGGCCCCAUCAGCCGCCCCAUCAUCCGAAAGGUGGGCGGCUCAAUAAGGAAAUUGGGCUCGGUGAGGCGGCCAGGCGCUCCCUACAGGGCCGAGCAGAGCAUUGAUAACGAGAAGGCGUCCUCGUACAGUUCCCGAAACAAGACAGCCGUCCCAAAACACGAGUCCACGAUGUCGUUCUGGGAUAUCCCAAGGCUGGAGGCUGACCAGGACGGCUGGGCGUCAUCGCCACCCCUAUCAAAUGACAUCAAGAUCCGCACUUCGGUCAAUGUCACGUCGCUGCCGCCGUCGAGGGAGGACAUCGAACGACCUCGGGAGGUCUACUUUGUGCCUAGUGGCCAUGAGCGAAACCUACUGAUGUCGUUGCUGUCACCGCACCCGGGCCCGGGGAUGUUUUGA